CGGAGCCUCACCUACCCUGCUCUCUGCUUCCUUCUGUCCCUGUCCCUCUCCGUGCUUACAGCUUCCAUGGCCCCCAAAAAGCCAGACCCCAAGAAGGACGACAAGGCAGCCUCCAAGGCAGCUCCCGCUCCCGCUCCGGCGCCUGCACCUGCGCCUGCGCCUGCGCCCGAGCCCCCCAAGGAACCUGAGUUUGAUGCCUCCAAAAUCAAGAUCGAGUUUACACCGGAGCAGAUUGAAGAGUUCAAGGAAGCCUUCACGCUGUUUGACCGCACGCCCAAGUGUGAGAUGAAGAUCACGUACGGGCAGUGCGGGGACGUCCUGCGGGCGCUGGGCCAGAACCCUACACAGGCCGAGGUGCUCCGUGUCCUAGGGAGACCAAAGCAGGAAGAGCUCAACACCAAGAUGAUGGACUUCGACACCUUCCUGCCCAUGCUCCAGCACAUCUCCAAGAACAAGGACACGGGCACCUACGAGGACUUUGUGGAGGGGCUGCGGGUCUUCGACAAGGAGGGCAAUGGCACGGUCAUGGGCGCCGAGCUUCGCCACGUGCUGGCCACACUAGGUGAGAGGCUGACAGAAGAUGAGGUGGAGAAACUGAUGGCGGGGCAGGAAGACUCCAAUGGCUGCAUCAACUAUGAAGCCUUUGUGAAGCACAUCAUGGCCAGCUGAACCUCUCGUCCCAGGUGAG